GGUCCUGCCUCCUCAGAUUCUCAUGUAUUGCAUUUUUAGCCCAAGUCUUUGGAAUCUCCUCCUCCCUCCAGAUUUUUUUCUUUAUAAGGAUGAAUGAGGAGUUCAUAUUUUGUGCUACACAAAACCAGAAGCAGAAGCACACAACAAAAAGCAACCUUGAGAAUAAAUUUAAUUCAAACGAAAUGCCAUUAACCAAGGGAGAGCCAACACAGCACACAGUUUUUAAAAAGUUCAGAACCACAGCAGCGGAAGAUGUCACUGGUGAAGGAUAUUUCUCCCCUUUUCCAUGGAGGCUCAUAUCUGUGGUGCUUGGUGUCCUGAGCCUUGUCCUGAUGGCCACAGCCAUCACAGCGGCUGUGUUUACUGCAAAGUCAUCUUCCAAAAGAACGUCUCUUGCAAUCCCACAAAAAGAAAAUCUUUGUCCAGGACCUCUUUAUCACCCUUGUCCAAAGAAUUGGGUAUGGUUCAAAUUCAGUUGCUACCACUUCUCCAAGGAAGAGUUAACUUGGAGAGAGAGUCAACGUGCCUGCUCAUCUCUCAAUGCCAGUCUCAUGAGGAUGAACAGUGAAGAGAUGCAUUUCUUCUCUUUGAAAUCUUUCUUUUGGAUCGGCAUCUACCGUAAGGCAGCUGAUAAGCACUGGCUAUGGGAAAAUGAUUCGGCUAUUCCCCCUGAUAUUCUCCUGCCCAUGGCUGAAUCCAGCCAGAAGCCAGAAGGCAUGAAAGUUGUCAGUGAUACAGUUGCUAGAGUUCAGCUUCUAGGGGGGACAGAAUAUAGCCAGGAAGCAUGA